UUCAUUGAUGGGCAUCCCUUCUCCAAGUCCUCCCACACCUGACAAGGGAAGAAAUGCACAUUGCCCACCCGUGUGCGGUACCACAACUCACCUGGCUUUGGAGAAGCAUGACAUAAUCCUGGUGCAGCACCCCAGGCUGCACUAAGGGACUGGAGAUGGGCUAAGGGAGGCAGUGGGGCUGGAGUCCUCUAAACCUUCUCCCUGCCGUUUGUGAUGGGCCUGCCAUUUUCAGAGAACAUAGAAGAUGGUUACAGAUCCUCACAAUCUCGAUCAUGCAAAUUCAGUUAUUCAUAGCAAUAUUGAAUAGAGGCAUAGCCUUUAAAAUAAUCUGCAAAAUACAAGAAAGUCUUAGCCAGUAGGACAGCUUUAUAAGUUUUGGACACUCAGUUUUUGUGGAAAAUCAGGGCCAGAUAAAGAUUGCUAAAAUUGUACUGACAUGCAGUUUGUUUUUCUGUCAACUCUUAAGGAUGCUGGUCUCUCUUUACAGGAAGAUUGUGGAUAGAAUAGAUGACAACAAAGAUGGCUAUCUCACAACAGAGGAAUUGAAAAACUGGAUUAAACGGGUACAGAAACGCUAUAUCUAUGAAAAUGUGGCUAAAGUUUGGAAAGACUAUGAUCUAAACAAGGACAAUAAAAUUGCCUGGGAGGAAUACAAACAAGCCACAUAUGGUUAUUAUCUAGAAAAUCCAGAAGAAUUCCAAGAUGCAACUGAUCAGCACAGUUUUAAAAAAAUGCUGCCCAGAGAUGAAAGACGAUUCAAAACCGCAGAUCUGGAUGGAGACUUAGCUGCCACUCGUGAAGAAUUCACCGCUUUCCUUCACCCAGAAGAGUUUGAGCAUAUGAAAAACAUCGUUGUCUUAGAAACCUUAGAAGACAUAGAUAAAAAUGAGGAUGGUUUUGUGGAUCAAGAUGAGUACAUUGCUGAUAUGUUUGCAAACGAAGAGGGUGGACCAGAGCCUGACUGGGUGAUUACAGAGCGUGAACAGUUUUCAGAUUUUCGUGACCUCAACAAGGAUGGAAAGAUGGACAAAGAGGAGAUUCAGCACUGGAUUCUCCCACAAGACUAUGAUCACGCACUAGCUGAAGCCAGGCACUUAGUCUAUGAAUCGGAUGUAGACAAGGAUCAAAAGCUAACAAAAGAGGAGGUUCUAGACAACUGGAAUAUGUUCGUUGGAAGUCAAGCUACUAAUUAUGGGGAGGACCUCACAAGAAACCACGAUGAACUAUGAUACAGUAUACCAACCAGCAUGCCACACACCUUUUCUCCAUUUUACUGAAAUCAUCAUGUCCAUCCCCUUUUUUUGGGGAAGAUGGGCAAGGGACACACUCACAACUGAAUGACUUGCAUUAAUAUAUUUUUAACAUGCCAGCUUAUUACCUCAGAAACUGCAUAGAAGUAACUUUUUACUCUUUUCACAUGGUUAAAUACAAUAUCUAAUUACUACAGUUCUAUUAUGGAAGAAAUAAAAAGUAAUUUUUCUUGAUAGAUUAGAGCCUUACUGGAAAAGGCACUUCUAAAAACAUAAGGAUUUUUGAUAGUGAAAUAUUUUCUUCAAACACCCACUUUUAAUAUAGUGAAAUUCAGCUAGGAUUAGAAGGAAACCUAAUGUUUAAACAGACUAAGUUAUUUAGUCAUCUUUUUUAAUAGGAUAUAACAAUUUAGAGUUAUACUUUGACCCUCCUAUCCAGAGAAAGGUUUGACACAAAAUCAACAACCUUUUUUUCCACAUACUUUUUCUCUCCCAGUUUGGGCCAGAGGUGCUGCAGAAGGUAGCCAGCAACCCUCUGGUUCAUAGCUUUACAAGUGCAGGAUGUACCACGGGCCCUUCUCUCUAACCCCCAUCACAGUGCAGACACAGCACACGUGGCCCAACACCCUUUGCCGCAUUCCUCGGCGAGGGUUGUGGAGUUCUUAGUGACAGCUGCUCCUUCUGACAACAGAAUAGUGUAGAAUUGUUUGUGGGCUGUUGGUUAUGCUGUUUCCUGGGAGGAAAUACACCACAUGAAGCAUAAUUUAUCUCACGCUUUUCGCACUUUACCCAAGCCACACUCUUGUUCACACAGUGUGAAUGGCAGCAGUUCUGUGAUGGAGAAAGAAUGAGACAUAUCGCCCCCCUGGGCCUUCUGUCCUACCACGUGAGGACAGAUUUAUGUGGCUAAAGUUCUUGUUUUGUAUGUAUAUACGUAUAAGUACAUGUUACUGAAGCAACUCCAUGAAGACAGCUUUCCUUCCAAAGAAAGGGGUAAGCUUUCCACACAGGUGCUUUCUUUUAUACUGUAUAAUGUGAGCUGUUACAUGUAUAUUUUUUAUAUACCCAACUUAGAUCUAAGUUUGGUUGUUUUUAAAUGUACUGGUUUUAAAAUUAAGCACAAUAAAACCAAUACGUGUUUUUGAUACUAUGAAGGUGCAAUAACACUGAUACAGACUAGCAUAGAGAGAUGAUGUGAAAGCAUAAACCAAGCCUUUUUAGACCAUAGUUCCUAAAGCAUGGGGUCAGUGGCAGCUCCUGCGGCACUGGGUGGUCAUCUACAAACAGCAGCUGGAUUUAAAGCAACAACUGUUUCUUCCACACAUGAAAAAAAAAUUCUAGAAGAGUCCAA